AUGGGCCUCCACGUCCCGCCCCAGAACCCCGCCGCCGAUGACCAGCGUGCCAAGUCAGCGGCCCUGGACGCAGAGGUGGACAUGACGAGCGGCCAGGUGGACGAGCCGGUCGAGGGCGUGUUUGUGCACGUCGGACGGGUGAUACCCUACUUCCGCAACGCGCGCAAUGUGCUCGUUUUCAAGCUCGACGUCAUGCUGCUGGCCUGGAUGUUCCUGGCCGGCAUCAUGAAGGAGAUGGACCAGUCGGCCACGACGCAGGCAUACGUCUCGGGCAUGCGGGAGGCGCUGCAUCUGCGCGGCAACGAGCUGGUCGAGUUCAACACGUACUUCUCCGUCGGCUACGCGCUGGGGCUGGUGCCAGGGCAGUUGAUCCAGACCAGGUUCCGCCCUUCCAUCUUCCUCCCGCUGUGCGAAAUCAGCUGGGGCAUGCUCGUACUCUUCACGCACAUAACGCCCAACGCGCAAACCAUCUUCGGCCUCCGAUUCUUCCUCGGCCUCUUCUCAUCCGCUUUUUGGCCGUCGGUCGUGGCGCUCAUCUUCAACUGGUACACACCCGCCGAGCUCGCGCUGCGCGUCGCCUGCUUCACCAUCUGCGACGUGGCCGGCGCCAUGUUCCUGGGCGCCCUGCAGGCGGCGCUGUACCGCGACAUGGACGGCGUGCACGGCCUAGCCGGCUGGCAGUGGCUGUUUGUCAUCUCGGGCGCCGCCACCGUCGGCCAGGGCCUGCUCGCCUUCGUGACGGUGCCCGACUCGCCCGAGACGACGCGCGCGUUGUGGCUGACCUCUGCCGAGCGGCGCCUGGCCCGCACACGCAUGGCCGAGUUCGGCGUCGCCACCCAGAAGCGCAUCCCGGCGUCGGUGCUGCGCCGCAAGCUGCGUGAGCUGGCCGUCCACCCCAUCACCUACUUCUUCCUGUUCGCCUUUGCCUUUAGUGCCUGGGCCCACCGCGCCAACUCGUACUUUGUGCUGUACCUGGAGAGCAUCCGCGACGCGGCCACGGGGCAGCGUGUGUACGACACGUACCACGUCAACAUCCUGCCCCUGGGCGGCUACGCGCUGCAGAUCGUCACCAACCUGGUGCUCAACCACCUUUCGGACCGCUUCCGGUGGCGAUGGCAGAUCAGCGUGCUGUCUGCCGCCGCUCACGGCACCUGCCUGGCCGUGCUGUGCGGCUGGCCGGCCGACGACCGAGUUGUUCUCGCCUUUUACUUCCUGACCUUUGCCACCAACGCCGGCGGCCCGUCGUUGAUGGCCUGGUUUGCUGAGAUCCUGCGCCGCGAGCCCGAGGCACGCUCCAUCAUUGUGGCCAUGACGGUCACUGUCGUCUACAUCGGGCACGCCACCAUCCCACUGCGCGCGUUCCGGGUUGCCGACGCGCCUCGUUAUCCCAUCGGCUUCCCGCUGGCCACUGCGUUUACGGCUGUCACCAUCCUCGUGCAGCUCGGCAUGCUGUGGUGGGACAGGCAGCAUCCCGACAUGGCCGAGACGGGGUAUAGCGGCGAGGCGGUGGAGGCAUCAAACGUCGAAGUUGACGAGGAGAAGCAGGAAAGGUAA